ACCUUGUUAUGUUGCCUCUUGGACUCCUGGCUUCUGGGUCUCUCUCUCUCUCUCUCACUCUCUCUCUCUCUCUCAGUUGAGAGCCAUAUUGCAUUCUUGCUUCUGCACGCAAGUGACUACCACCCAUUUUACUGAAUUAAAGUCACUUCGUUGCCUCUUUCUAUUUGUCGUAUUCUUCACCUUAGAAUAUGGUCUUUUGUGCUCCUCAUCGCUUCCUGUUUAGUCUCGUCCCCACAUCUUCUGCUCUUUUGGGUUGUUAAUCUUUUCUUUUGUCGUAUGAGUUCCAAAACCAAGGUUAAAAAAAUAAAGGGCAAAAAAAAGGAAAAGAAUCUAGAUUUGAGGUGGGUUUUUGGGUUGUUUAGUUGGGUCAUGGCAGUUUGCUGUGAUCUUGAAGUGGAUGUCAAUGGCGAAGAGACUUUCAUGGUGGACAAGAAGCUUAUUUCUUCAUAUUCAAGGAGAUUAAGCAAAUUAUUCAGUAAAUCAACAGUUUCUGAAAGAAAUUUCAAGUUAAUAUUCAAUGACUUCCCGGGAGGGGCUGAAAGUUUUGAGCUCAUGUCCAGGUUCUUCUACAACAAAGGAAAAAUUGAUAUAACUCCUUACAAUAUUUCACUCCUCCAUUGUGCUUCACAAUUCAUGGAAAUGAACAUUUCUGUUUCUGGUACUCAAAACAUGUUAGAACAGAUUGAGAAAUCACUUCAAGAAAUCAAUGAUUGGACAUGGUCUGAGCUAUUGAUCACUAUAAAGCAGUGCCAAGGUUUAUCGCCCUCAACAAAUUCUUUAGCCAUUGUUGAGAAAUGUGUGGAUUCCAUUAUUGGGAGGAUAGCUUUGUCUAGUGAAUCAAGUUCUUGUCUAUCUACAUCUUCCCCGGAUAGCUCCAGCAUUAGGUUUUCAUGUGACACUAGAAGUACUGUGAGUUUGAAGAGUAGCAUGUCUCGAGCAACAUGGUGGUUUGAGGAUCUUUCAGUUUUAAGUCCUGAUUUGAUUGAAAUGGUUGUAAAAUCCUUGGUCUCGCAGAAAUUUGAUCAUGCCAUCAUUGUUAGGUUUCUCUUUUAUUAUCAGAAAUCAAAGUUCUAUACAACCACAUCUGACGAGAAGCAAAAAAUUGUUAAAACCGUCAUUGAUAUGCUUUAUAUUCUUGAUUGGAAUUCUGUUCUGUGCAAGAGACUUUUUGGGAUACUUCGAGUUGCUUUGAGUUUGAAUAUAAGCAAAUAUAGCAGGAACAAGCUGGAGAGUAUGAUAGGUUCCCAAAUGGAUCAAGCAACUCUAGAUAAUCUGCUCAUUCCAUCUCCGCAUGGGAUGGCUUACUUGUAUGAUAUCAAUCUUGUUUUAAGGUUAUUGAAAUCAUUUCUAUGUGAUGGAAACUCACAAGUAACUUCAUUGCGAUUGAAGAAAGUUGCCAUGUUGAUGGAUUUGUAUAUAGCAGAAGUAGCUCCCGAUCCUUAUUUAAAACCUUCCAAGUUCUUAGCCUUAGUCAUGGCCUUACCAGACUGUGCUAGAGAUUCUUAUGAUGAAAUCUACCGCGCCACAGACAUUUAUCUGCAGGUGCAUGCUGGAUUAUCUGAAGAAGAAAAGAUGGAGAUAUAUGGUGUGUUGAACUGUGUGAAGCUCUCAGUUGAAGCUUGCAUGCACCUUUCUCAGAACAAGAAAUUUUCAUCAAAAAGUGCAGUGCAAGCUCUCAAAUCUCAGCAACUCAAGCUCAAAAGCUUACUCCAAGGAACCAACAAUUCAAAAUGCUUUGGUGGUUCCCCAAGUAGUUUGGGAGAAAUGGGAGGCAAGGGAAUGACUAACGAAGCCAGUGAACAAAUUGUGCUUUGCACUGGGAAACUCGAGCUUUCGACUGAGUGUGAGAAGCUAAGGGCACAUUUGCAAGGAAUGCAAUGUAGGGUGAUGGAAUUGGAGGAAAUUUGCCGGAAAAUGCAAACCCAGAUGACAAAAAUAAUGAAGUCAAGAGUAUCUAGCCAUAAUAAUGCCAGAUCCUUACCUAAGCUUUGUUCAUGAUAAGAAUUUUUUUUGUUUCAUAUUAUAAUGUCUAUUAUCUGUUUCAUAUGUAUAUAGCAUGAAGGUU